CUUUAGCAAUAGCAAUUGUGGAAGUUGGAAAAACCCAAUUAACCUUUUGUCUCUUUAAUUAGGUUUUCGAUUAAUGGCCAUUGUCCGUUUCUUCUUCCACAGCGAUUAAUUGAUCAUAUCUGCUGCAAAGGAAGGAAGCUACAAGAAGCUAUUAAGACUCAUUUGCCGAUACUUUCCCACCACUUUCCACAGAGGCAUCGUCUCAGAGAUUUUCCUGCCGCAGAGGUCAUGGCAGAGACGCUGGCCGAAUCAGAGAAAACUUUGGGAGACAUCAGCAAGAUACGGAAACCCAACUGAAAGAUCUUUCCCUAAACCCAAAAACCCAAAUCAGAGAAAGAAGGUUCAGUACUUUUUGGCUUAUUAUUUCGGACAGAUGGAAGAAAAGUAAGAAAUGCCCAUGGCAUAAUUGGGGGAGCUUUAAUGGUUGCGCUCUGUCAAGAGAAAAAUGCACAUGAAAGAAAUGAUAAUGGAGUGGGGGAGAGGCCAGUGCUGCUGCUGGAGCUCUCCCCUGUUGGGCCUUUAAAAGCUCCAGCAUCUGAUGGGGUUGCAGAGCUUUGCUUGAAUUUCAUUUUCGUUUAAAAGAUCAAAGAAGAGGAUAUUGUCACAAGAGAGGGGCAUGGAAACCCAAUGUGGGUUCUGAAGGAGAAAUAUAAAAUACACGUCGCUCCAGAAAGCGCACUCAGAGAGAGAGAGAGAGAAAGAGAGUGAGAGUGGGUGCUGUUUGGGAGGUCUACGGAGUUUGUCAUUGGUGGAAGUAGGAAUUAGGCGCUUUUUUUGAAUUUGAGAAGGUGGGUAUGAGUCUUUUUCUGUGAUUAUUACUCCUUUUUCAAUGGAUUCACUUUUAUGUAGAUUUUCGUUUGUUUUGUGUAGAAAGUUUGAAGUUCUUCUUUCCCUCCUUUAUUUACACGUAUAUUAUAUAAUCCCUGAAUCUGUUUGUGGUAUCUUUUUGUCUUGUAUUACAGUUCUUCACGAGGUGUUGUCAGAGACUCAGAAUACUGUUUUUCAAAAACAAAAAAGACCAAUCUUCAUUUCUACAUUUGCUGAUUAUUUUAAGAUUUGAUGCUUUUUUGUUAAUCUUUUGCUCCACUCUGUUCUCGUCACUUAUCUGCUUUGCGACUAGCUGUAAGGAUCUCAAAGAACCACUCCGAGUUAGAGAGAGAAUGGGGAGAGCUACAAGGUGGCUGAGAGGCUUGCUGGGGAUGAAGAAAGAGAAGGACCAUGCUGACAAUUCCAGUGCCGCAGACCGGAAAGAGAAGAAAAGGUGGAGCUUUGCGAAGUCCGGCAAGGAUUCGGGGCAACUGGGUCAGAUUCCUGUGAACCUUCCCGCCGGUGAUACUUCCUGGCUGAGAUCUUACAUUUCUGAGACGGAGAACGAGCAGAACAAGCACGCGAUUGCAGUGGCUGCGGCUACAGCGGCGGCCGCAGAUGCCGCCGUGGCCGCUGCACAGGCUGCCGUGGCUGUUGUGAGGCUGACCAGCCAUGGCAGAGGAACUCUGUUCGGUGGGGGCAGAGAGAGGUGGGCUGCUGUUAAGAUUCAGACCGUUUUUAGGGGCUAUUUGGCCCGAAAGGCGCAUCGAGCUCUAAAAGGGCUGGUGAAGUUGCAGGCUCUUGUUAGAGGAUAUCUUGUUCGGAAGAGAGCUACUGCAACUCUUCAUAGCAUGCAAGCUCUCAUACGAGCUCAGGCCGCUGUUCGAUCCCAAAGAGCUCGCCGUUCCAUCAACAAAGACCACUACUUUCAACCCGAAAUCCGCCGUCGAAAAUCCAUAGAGAGAUUUGAUGGAACAAGAAGUGAAUUCCACAGCAAGAGGCUCUCAACUUCUCUUGAAGCUCCAAUGAAUGCCUUCGACGAAAGCCCCAAAAUAGUCGAAAUCGAUACCUUCAAGCCUCGGUCCAGAUCCCGCAGAAUAUACUCCUCAAAUUCAGAAUGUGGUGAGGAUUCGCCUUACCCCACGCUUUCGUCGCCUCUCCCGUGCCCAAUUCCCGCCCGUCUCUCAACACCCGAAUGCCAAAACCUUCAUGACCUAGAAUGGAACUUCACUGGCAACGAGUACGGGUUCGCCACCGCGCAAAGCACUCCGCGCUUCGCCAAGUCUGGCAGCUCGAAUGCGCCCGUGACUCCUGCAAAGAGCGUGUGCGCAGACAGCUUCUUCCGGCCUUACUCAAACUUCCCCAACUACAUGGCUAACACGCAAUCUUUCAGGGCUAAGCUGAGGUCCCAAAGCGCUCCGAAGCAGAGGCCGGAGGCCGGGCCGAUGAAGAGGCUUUCGCUGAAUGAAAUUAUGGCAUCAAGAAAUAGCAUCAGCGGGGUUAGGAUGCAGAGGUCUUGUUCUCAAAUUCAGGAAGCUUUGCAAUUUUGACGAAGUUUAUUUAUGCGAUUGAUGCUUUCCUUUGUGUAUGCGGAAGAAGCAGUAAGCAAUUUGCAUAGAGGAAGAAGGUGAGGAGAACAUAGAAGAUGGGACUGACUGAUCUAUUCUGUAAAAGCCUUCGUUCGUUUUCCUUUUCCAGUUCAAUUCUUAGGGACUGAUAGGAUAGAACACCGAGUGAUUCUGUAAAUUCUGAGUGAAAUAUGUAUCACUAUGACUUUGUCUUGCCUUAUCAACGAAAUGAGCGAGCAAUUUCAUGUUUGAAUUCUGUCAGCAUUGAAAGUUACCAAAACUAUUUCCUUCA